UAACAAACUAACUUGAUGUAGGGUAUCAUAUGGUCGGCUGUACCCCGCUAUAUAUUCAUUCUAGUUUUCUCUAAACAUUUUCAUUUAAAAUAUUAAAGAAAUUCAAUACAAUUUAUAAAUUAACUUAAUAAAUAUGUUAAAUUCAUGCUAUUUACGAAAUAAUUCAUUAAUAAUAUGAAAUUUAUUUGAAAAACCUUAAAAAGUUGAAUAAUUAUUACAAAACACUUGUUUGUUAAAGGGUCUUUAAAAUACAAUUAAAAAAACUUAAAACGUACAUCCUUUUGCAAACAGUUAUCGGCUCACACAUCAACCAUCUCAACCGUGGUACGUGGCUCAAUUGUCAGCAUGUCAAACUAAUUGUGUAAAUUAUUUUAAACAUUGUCGGCAAACACAACCUUCUUCCACAUUCCCCCCACCCCUCUUCCUAAAGUAAAAUUUGUGUUAAAAAGGCAGUAAAAAGAAACCCCAAAUAAAAAUGGCUCAAUUUGGCCCCUGGGAUUAUACUAUCCUAGCUAUAGUACUCAUCAUAUCUGCUGGAAUUGGUGUUUAUUAUCGUUUAACCGGUGGCAAACAAAAAACCGCUAAGGAAUAUCUUUUGGCAGAUCGUGGCAUGGGCAUAACACCCGUUGCUUUCAGUUUAACAGCCAGUUUAAUGUCGGCUGUUACCAUAUUGGGUGUAUCGGCGGAAAAUUAUCAAUAUGGCACACAAUUUGUACUCAUCAAUAUAGCCUAUAUCUUGGCCACACCCUUUGCUGCCUAUUUAAUACUACCUGUCUUCUAUCGCUUAAAAACGGCCAGUGUUUAUGAAUAUUUGGAACAGAGAUUUGGUUAUGCCACUAGACUAUAUGCUUCACUGGCCUUUUCCGUACAGACUGCCUUAUAUAUGGGCAUAGUUUUAUAUGCUCCCGCCUUGGCUUUGGAAGCGGUUACUGGUUUGAAUAUAGUCUUUUCCAUAUUGAUUGUAGGUCUGGUGUGUACUUUCUAUUCUACUUUGGGUGGCAUGAAGGCGGUUUUGAUUACGGAUAUCUUUCAAUCGGUUCUUAUGUUUGCCUCUGUUUUUGCUAUUAUUAUAUGUGCUGGCAUUAAGGCUGGUGGCUUGGGACCCAUAUGGGAGACUGCUCGAGAAGGUGGACGUUUGGAAUUUUUCAACUUUAGUGUGGAUCCUACUCAUCGUCAUACAUUCUUUACCCAGAUUAUAGGCGGCCUGGGUGUUUACUUAUCUUUAUAUGGUGUUAAUCAAGUUCAGGUUCAAAGAUUGCUCUCUGUUAAAUCUUUGAAAGCUUCUGCCAAUUCUUUAUGGUGGAGUUUGCCAGUUUUAAUGGUUUUAAGUUUUACCACCUGCUUUUCGGGUCUGUGCAUGUACUAUUACUACAAGGGAUGUGAUCCUUUACUAGAGGGACGUAUUAAUUCUCGUGAUCAACUUAUGCCUUUAUUUGUGAUAGACACCAUGGGUCAUAUACCCGGCUUAUCGGGACUUUUUGUAUCCGGCAUCUUCUCCGGCAGUUUGUCUUCUAUAUCCUCGGCUAUAUCAUCUUUAUCUGCAGUAACCAUGGAGGAUUAUAUCAAACCCUGGGUGGCUUAUCGUAAAAAGAAGGAACUAACUGAUGCCAGAACUACUUUUUACACCAAAAUUUUAAAUUUAAUUUAUGGUGGUGUAUGCUUGGGCAUAGCUUUCAUGGCUGGUUCGAUUGGUGGUUUAUUGCAAGCAGCUCUUAGUAUAUUUGGUAUAGUUGGAGGCCCUCUUUUGGGUUUGUUUACCUUGGGCAUGUACAUCCAGAAAGCCAAUCAAAAGGGUGCCAUUACUAGUCUCACCAUAGGUUUAGCCAUAUCCUUUUGGAUUGGUUUUGGACAACCUAAACCUCCUAUUCCCUUGCUACCUUUGGAUACUGAUAGCUGUCCUGCCUCUCCCACUUCUUUAAUAACUGACAUCUUUACCUCUAAUCUCCUGGAAACGGUAAAAGCUGAAGAGGAACCUCACUACUUUUAUCUCUAUCGUAUUUCCUAUAUGUGGUAUGCUGUUAUAGGUUUCCUUAUAACCUUUAUUUUGGGCAUUUUCUUCUCUUGGUUAUAUGAGCUACUAGGCUGGGAUCUUAAUGAUGCCCUGUACACAGAUGCCUCAAGGACCAUAAUCAAAAGUGAUCUAUUUGUGCCACCCAUAGCUAAACGUAUACGUAAAAAGCAAAUGCCUUUGGUGGUGGUAACAGCCACUAGUUCGGAAAUUGGUAAUAAUAAUUCUCGCACACCCAGUUUUGUAGAAGAGGAAAAUGCUACACCCGGUUUAAGUAAAUCUUUUACUAAUUCUACCGAAUUAACUGAUAUAUCCAGUAGGGAAGAUAUAUCACAGAAAAUGGAAAAUUUGGAUAAAUCUAACGGCAGUAGGGGUAGUAUGGAUAUAAUACCUGAGGAACAGGCUGCAGCAAAUAAUAAGAAAGCUUAAGAAUUCUUAAACAAUAGUUAUAAAUUAAAUAUGAAUUUAUGUGUUUUUUUCUUUUAAUUAUCUUAUUUUUAAAGAUUUAUAUAUACAUAUUUGUUUUACAACAAAAGAAACAAAUGCACUUAUAUUUUUUUCUAGUUUAACUUUGCACUUAAAGAAGCUUUAUAUGAAUUUCAUUGUAUUAAUUUUUUUUAAUAAAAAUAAUUAAGUUUAAUUUGAAAAA